GUCACAGAGGGGGCGGGCAAUGGGCAAGGGAGGGGCCGGGGAGCCCCUGGCCCCGUGCGCUCCCCUCCCCUGCGGGGGAGCCCCGGCUGCGGAGCGCGGCGGCCCGGCCCCUGGCAGGGGAGGGGGGCCGCCCCCUGCUCCUCCCCUUGCCGCACGGGUGUCCCACGCUGGUGCUCCGCGGAACGUCGCGGCCCUCGGCGUUCGGACCGUAGAACGUUGCUGGCCCGAAAGUUCUUGGCUCCGAACGCUCGCCUAGCGCGGCCGCCAUGAGCAGCGCAGGGCAGCCGGGCCGCUUGCGGAGCUACCCGGCGCUGCCCGUGUGCGUGGUGGAGGAUCACCAGGAUGUUCUGCCUUUUAUCUAUCGUGCCAUUGGUUCAAAGCAUCUCCCUGCCAGCAAUAUCAGCUUUGUUCACUUCGAUUCCCAUCCAGACCUUCUUAUUCCAGUGAACAUGCCAGCAGAUACUGUCUUUGACAAAGAAGCUCUGUUUAGCGAGCUGAGUAUCGAGAACUGGAUUAUGCCUGUUGUUUAUGCUGGCCAUUUUUCUCAAGUGAUAUGGUUUCAUCCCAUCUGGGCUCAGCAAAUCAAAGAAGGAAAACAUGAUUUUUUAGUCGGUAAAGAUACAUCUACCACUACAAUCAGGGUUACAAGUACAGAUCAUUACUUUCUAAGCGAUGGUCUUUAUGUCCCUGCUGAUCAGCUAGAAAACCAGAAGCCUCUACAUUUGAAUGUCAUUCUUGUUACUCCUACUGAAACAUCCAGCAGUCAGGAAAAAAAUGAUGACAUAUUUGCUGCAAAGAGACUGAAGCUAAAUACAGAAGAUACAGCAAACACCGCUACUGCCUCUUCAUCAAAGGCUGAAGUUCCCAGGGGUGACUUAUCAGAUUCAAAAGCUGAAGGGGGAGAAGAGAAAACAUUUACACAAGACAAAUUGGAGUCCCUGCCUUCGUGCUCUCCUGGAAACCAUGCAUGUCAAUUGAUGGAGAUUGUUGAAGAUGUUCUUCAAGUACUACAAAAGGGAGAUGCAUACGUUUUAGAUAUUGAUUUAGAUUUUUUUUCAGUUAAGAAUCCAUUCAAAGAAAUGUACACCCAGGAGGAAUACAAGAUUUUGCAAGAGCUGUACAGUUUUAAGAAGCCGGAUAGAAAUCCAACAGAGGAGGGCUUGCAAGACUGCGUUGAAAAUCGUGUCCAUCAGCUAGAAGAUUUGGAAGCAGCUUUUGCAGAUUUAUGUGACGAUGACAAUGAAGAGACUCUACAAAGAUGGGCUUCAUAUCCUAGAAUGAAACCACUGGUUCAGCUUGUGCAUAGUUUGAAAAACAGGAUGGAAGCCCCUGACUAUGAAAUGGUCCAUCAGGCUGGUCUUACCUGUGAUUAUUCUGAACUCCCCCAUCAUGUUAGUACUGAACAGGAGAUAGAGGGCCUCGUACAAUCUGUAAAGCAGGUACUGAAAAAACUACCAAAGCCCACGCUUGUGACAAUUGCUCGAUCAAGUUUGGAUGACUAUUGUCCUUCAGAGCAAGUAGACCUUAUUCAAGAAAAGGUUCUGAAUAUAUUACGCUCCGUGUUUGGCACGCUGGAUGUUAAUUUAGAGUACUUGAAUGAUUAAUCUUCUGAGUGAACAAACUUUCCCUUUUCUCUUAAUUCAGGGGAAUUGUAUCAUUGAUGUCACCAUCAGAGGAAUAUUUAGAGAGGAAAAGUCUUGUGCUGAAAGUAGUUCCCCAUUCUCCCACCAUGACUGCUCCUCCCACAAAGAACAACUUCCAUAUAAGCAGAGAUUCGCUGUACCUAAAUUAAUUUUACAUGAAUACAACAAUCUCCUUAUAUCACUUGUUUGCUUUUAUUUGGGCUAUGUAAUUCACCAAAACCAGAUUUAUUUUUAAUACACUUGUAAGUUUCUCAUUAGAUCAAAUUAGAAAAAGUGUGGGGAAAAGAGCUAGUGCUCUUGCAGCAGGUGGCACUAGAAACCAAGAUAUCCAAUCAUUUGAAUGGCGAUUUCUAAAUGCACUCUACCUUUGUUCCUCUGGUUUCAUAUCUGAAACAUUAUCCCUUUAAAUUGUGGUCUUUGAUCAGACUUAGAUUAUUGGCUCCAGAUUAUAUAUGCUAUGUGUUAUCAAUACUACUUUUCAAGGCUAGUAGUGUGAAGAGAAACUUUUUAUUUUUAUACCAUGAAGACACUCUGUGAUAGAAUCAGACACGCUUAAAAUAUUUGGAAAUCAAACCUAGCUUUUUUGCAAUUAGACUGGUUUAUUGUAUGUUACAGAUCAUUCAUGGUACUAUUAACGCUUUGUUUUCACACAGUGACCUUUGCUCAUUCCCAGUACUGGGGGUAGCACUAGAAAUGAAUCCCAAUUAUCCCUCUCCCAUUCCAUUUGUGCAGUGUACUUCCUGCUUCUCAAUUCACAGAGUGCAAUUUGGAUUCAUAUUAUUUUAGACUAUUAUACCCAUACAGUGCUACAGAAGAGCAGCUAUCUCCAUGGAAGAGUAUUGUAGCUCAUCAGUGGGAUGAGAAAACUGUGGCGAAGAACUGGCCAACACUGCCACAGAAUGCCAUGACAUCUCUCUGUGUCCACAAAAAGCUGGAUUUUUUAAAGCUCUCAUCUAAAAGACAUACAAUACAUGUCAUGCAAUCUAUUGUAUGUAUGUACUUUGUCUUCUAACACGUGUCCUUGGUCAUUAUAGAAUUAUUCCAGAGUAUGAACAUGUGGUUUCCAAGGGUGGUAUUUUGACCCCACUAAAGUCAAUGGCAAAAUUCAUACUGAUUUCUAUGGGGCCAAGAUUUCAUCCAAAGAAUCUAUUCCAAGUCUUCGUGCCUAGAAUAUAAAUCUAUCCUGUCUGACCACAUGUGCAUUCACAUUCCUUGCCAAAGGAAGUACAUCUGUCUCAUAGACAUUAGAAUUUUAAGGUUUAGGAGUUGAAAGCAAAUGGUCAUCUCCAGAAUAAAAUGAAGACCAGGAGACAAUUGGGACUGACCUGAGAAAGGACAAAGGGAAAGAUGAUGAAAAUAUUGACUAUCAUGUAUUAAUUUUGUUUUUAAUAAAUAUUGUUGUGGUAUUUUCAA